CAUCGUGCCCUGCGACGGCCGGGGAGCUAGAGGAGGCCGCUCGAGGGGCGCGCUGCUGCUCGUGGCCCGGGUUCCCGUCGCCCGCGCCGCCUUCCCUGGUUUCCAAGGAGACGCGGGCCUCUCCGCCGCCUCGCCUUUGCCGCCAUGUCGGCCCAGGCCCAGAUGCGGGCGCUGCUCGACCAGCUGAUGGGCACGGCCCGGGACGGUUCAGUGUAUCUUUGCCUGCCUACAUCAAUCUGCAAGGGAGUUGCAGAAAAGCCUCAUGUUCAUCGAGCCGAGAUGAAACCAGACAAAGGGUGAAGUUCACAGAUGAACGGGUCUGCAAGAGCCAUCUCCUGGACUGUUGCCCUCAUGAUAUUCUUGCGGGGACGCGGAUGGACCUGGGGGAAUGUACGAAAAUUCAUGACUUGGCACUAAGAGCAGAUUAUGAGAUUGCAAGUAAAGAGAGGGACCUGUUCUUUGAGCUGGACGCAAUGGAUCACUUGGAGUCGUUCAUCGCAGAGUGUGACAGAAGGACCGAACUGGCCAAGAAACGACUUGCAGAAACCCAGGAGGAGAUCAGUGCCGAAGUGGCUGCAAAGGCAGAAAAGGUGCAUGAGCUGAAUGAAGACAUUGGUAAGCUUCUGGCUAAAGCUGAGCAGCUGGGAGCUGAAGGGAAUGUGGAUGAAUCCCAGAAGAUACUGAUGGAAGUUGACAAAGUUCGAGCAAAGAAGAAAGAAGCAGAGGAAGAAUACCGUAAUUCAAUGCCUGCCUCCAGUUUUCAGCAACAGAAGCUGCGUGUCUGUGAGGUCUGCUCUGCAUAUCUCGGUCUCCACGACAACGAUCGCCGGCUUGCUGAUCACUUUGGAGGCAAAUUGCAUUUGGGCUUUAUUCAGAUCCGGGAAAAACUGGACCAAUUGAGGAAAACAGUAGCAGAAAAACAGGAGAAGAGAAACCAGGACCGUUUGAGGCGCAGAGAAGAAAGAGAGCGAGAAGAGCGCAUGGGACAACGGUCUGGCUCAAGAAACAGAGAUCGCAGAAGGUCUCGUUCUCGGGAGCGUAGGCGAAGACGCUCAAGAUCCGCGUCCCGUGAGAAACGGAAGUCCCGCUCCAAGUCUCGGGAACGAGAGAGGCACCGGCGCCACCGCAGCCGUUCCCGCAGCCACAGCCGAGGCCACAGGCGGGGAUCCAGAGACCGGAGUUCAAAACACAAAUCUUCCAGAGAUCGGUCUUCAAGGGAGAAAUCACGGGAGAGAGAGAAGAAAGAGAAGGGCUCUUCUGAGAGACGGCACGAGGGCACCAAUGGCAAAUCUCGCUCGAAGAGAUCUGAAGAGAGGGAAGCUGGCGAGAUCUGAACUCCAGCGGUGUAUAUAUUCUUGAGAAACAUUCUACACAGCAAAAUUUCUCAUUUAUAUUAACUGAAUACAGCACAUCUUUUGUAGUUCUGAAUUUCUAUUGUUUCUGCAGGUAGCAAAGCUGGUAGUGUAAUCGUUCCCUGCCAUUGACUGCGGCUCUUUUUAAUAGGAACAGACCGACCCCGCAGGCAGUCCUUGUCACAGAUUAGUGGUUCAUGCAGAAUGCUGCCCUGGAAGCUAGCCCUGCGAUUGGGAUCGUAGUUUGCCAUAAAAGCUCAUGCCCUGCCUGCCUACUUUUAAAAUGUCACUAGCCUUUCUAUUUGCAGAAUAAGUUCAUAAGAUAAUAAAAGGCCUCAGCAAUGCUGGUGCCCCUUCCCUCCCCCAAUUUCUAAAUGAUGGAAAGCUCAUCUUAAUGUUUCCCUUAUGCAAAUAUAAAGACGCCAAACUGGUUUAACUUCAUACAGCCAGCUAGGUUUAUAACAUUGUUUGGAGACAGUGGUACAAUAUGGCAAUAGUAUUCUUGUUUUGUUUUCUCGGUAGUUGUAUUUACAGCCUGAUGAGUUAGUACACGAUUAAAAUUUAAAUAGAUGUUUCUUGGAUUAUUUUGCCCCUCACUCAACUUACUGGUGUGGAUUUUUGCAGCUUGAAUAUUGUUCUCAUCCUUGGGCUUCCUCUGCAUCUCGUGUGUCCUAAUUUGAAGGUUGCAAGUACUGAAUCCACUGGGCAUGAGCAUUUGUUCCCCGAUGAAGAGACCCUGAUUUGGAUGUCACGAUUUUACGGUGCACAGUUGCUGAUGCUCUGGCGCUUUCCUGAAGAGGGAGCCGCCUCCAAACCGUUCUGCUAAGAGCCACUCUUGAAAUAACAGGCACGGCUCUGCUCUUUUGGCAGGUGUAACUCAAGGACUGGGCAUGGGCCACCCUGUUGCAGGGUGAGCAAGCAUCCCAAUCCCUGGAAUGAUGGUGAGGCUACUGGGAGAGGGGAGCCUGUGGUUGGCUUGCUGAGCAGACAGCACUGCGGAGAGCCGUGAGAGGCUGCAGCUUGCCAUGACAGCUUUCCUGAAAGUCGUGAGGGAAAGGAAUAUAAUCUUCAUCGUGCUGUACUGAUCUUAAUGACUGCUUGCAGCAUCUGAAUUAGGGACACGUGAUCAUUGAAAACAGGCAGCAGCAGAUUAGCUGUGUGCAGUGUUCUUCGAAUGUUUGCCUUUUUUCCUUUGUAUAAUUAAUUAGUUCACUGCUAGUUCGCUUACCCGUUCCGUGUGUCCGUUCUCUUCCCCCUCAACCUCAGCAGUUCUUUUUUUUCUGGGUGCUUCACUGCAGAAUUGCAGGAGCUAACAUUUAAUGUUCAUCUUAAUGCAUAUUUAGGGCUAACUUUUUCAUUCUGCUGCCACUACUGUAUUCUACCUUGGCUAAGAAAAGGAGUUGGGGUGUGUCCUCCAAGUGUUCUGCUUCACAUGUUUGUGGCUGCUGAUGGGGAGAACCAAGCAAAUGUGUUUGCUCUGAGGGACCCAGCCCUGAUUCCGAUUAAGACCAACAGCUGCACGCACAGGGGUGGGGCGGUAUUUGGGCACACCCUGACCUAGGAAGCCCCCCCUUGAGAAAUGGGCCCAGUAAGGGGAGCUGGCUCGGGGCUUCACACGCACUGUACAAAGUAUUGGAAAUCCCUCCCUGAGUUGGAGCUUCUUAUGCUCGGUAUUUGCAGGUGAACAUUUUGAUUCUUAGCAGCACUUCUUUUUCUCGCCAUUGAGGAGUUUUGGUCAAAGUAACAAAGAUGUAAGUAAAAUGCUCUUCUCUUGCCAGUUCUGGUUCACAUUAAAAGCUUAUCUUUGUGUCUUGGA